AUGAAUAGCUCUGACAUUUUGUUGCUUAAUAGCAAGCACCAACCAGAUAUAAAACGAGGUUGCAACGUCUCAUCGAUCCAAGAGAUCGCGCGCCCGAGCACCAGCGCCGGCCCGCGGAUGCAGACGAGCAACACCCAGUUUUAUUCCCAGCCCGGCGGGGUGGCGGACGUCCAGAACGUCGACCGCGUCAACCGCAACCCUUCGUCGGCGAGCAUCCCGCCAUACACCUCGGCGCGCCCCCCAACCUACCACUCUCAGGAAAGCUCCGGCGGCCCCCGCCCAGCCAGCAGCGGCAGCGGCAGCGGCGGGCGCGCUGGUACGCACGUUUCCGACCCUCCGAGCUACCACUCGCGCACCUCGAGUCAGCAGGCGCAGGGACAAGUCUAUGGCCAGCAGCCGCAGCAGUAUCAACAGCCUCAGCAACAGAGGCCUGCGCAGCCUGCGCAGCAGCAGAGACCCGCCCAGCAGCAGCAGCUGGCGGUGCCUCAGCAGCGGCAGGGUUUCCGUCAGCGCACUUCUGAGAGACUCAGGAACUUGUUGCGUCGACCCCGCGACCGCAACUAG